AGAAACACACUCUGCUAGCGAGCCAGCCAGUGUUAACAGGCACAAAAAUGUCGGGGAAGAGUUUUCGAGUCAGCGACGGGGACUGGAUUUGUCCUGAUAAAAAAUGUGGAAAUGUGAACUUUGCUAGAAGAACCAGUUGUAACAGAUGUGGCAGGGAGAAAACCACAGAGGCAAAGAUGAUGAAAGCUGGAGGAACAGAGAUUGGCAAAACUCUGGCAGAGAAGAGUAGAGGCCUUUUCAGUGCAAAUGAUUGGCAAUGCAAAACAUGCGGCAAUGUGAAUUGGGCUAGGAGGUCAGAGUGCAACAUGUGUAACACACCAAAAUAUGCCAAGCUCGAAGAGAGAACAGGUUAUGGUGGAGGUUUCAAUGAAAGGGAGAAUGUGGAAUACAUUGAACGGGAGGAGUCCGAUGGUGAAUAUGAUGAAUUUGGUAGGAAAAAGAAAAAGUUUCGUGGAAGGAGCAACAGCACACCCUCCACAAAAGAAAGUGAAAAGAAAGAAGCACCAAAAGCUGAAGAUGAUGAUGAGGAAGAAGAUGAAGAUGAUGAGGAAGAUGGAGACCUUUCAAAAUACAAACUGGAUGAUGAUGAUGAAGACGAUGACGAUGGAGAUCUGUCAAAGUACGACCUGGACGCCAGUGAUGAUGAUGACAAGCCAACCAAGAAAAAGGGCAGCCGCUCGGGUUCGUCCCGGUCGCGCUCGUCCUCGCGCUCCUCGAGCUCCAGUUCUCGGUCGAGGUCCAGGUCCCGCUCUAGAAGUUCAUCCAGUUCCAGGUCUGGAUCUCGCUCGAGGUCCCACUCCAGAUCCAGCUCCAGGUCUGGAAAGGGCUCCUCUCCCCGGAAGAGGUCCCGCUCGCCCUCCUCCUCACCUGAGAGGGGACAGAAGCGCAGUCGCUCCAGGUCCUCAUCUGGAGAGAGAAAGCGGAGGCGUUCUAGAUCACGUUCGUCCGAAAGGCGCCGCGGCCACUCGUCGGGAUCCUCCCAUUCUGGCUCCAGUUCAAAAAAGAAAUAACUUUUAUUGCAGCCUUUAAAACAAGAAAAGGAACCUUAGUAGAAAAGUGCAUGUUGUGUUGCAAGGAAAACAACCACAUCAUUUCAGUAUGCUGUCAUUUCCAUAGAAAAGUCUUAUUUCCCUAAAAAAAGAAGAAAAAGACAGCGACAACAGGACUUCUCUCUGCUGUUACCCAUCAUUACAAGCUCCCUUUUUAAAACCACGUACACCCACCAAUCUGUGACAAGUGUCUGUAACUGCAGGUAUCCAAUAACAUAGAUGUUUGGUCCCAUUAGAAAAUCACAUAUACUGUGAAGAGGCUGUAUGCCAUUUUAAACCCAUUCUGCUGAAUAUCUCCGUGGCAGUACAUUUUAUUCUACUCAUCUGAGAGGAAAUUGGAACUAUUAUUUUUGUUUGUUUUUUUGUUUCUUUUUCCCCACGAAAUAUGAGAUUGUGUUACUUUAUUUUUAUAAAUACAUCCUUCUUUUUUUCUUUUUAAAUAAUAGCUGAAGUACUCAAGCACCAAUUUAAAAUAAUGGAGACAUAGGAAUGAAUUGUGGCCCCUUUUGUUUUAUUUUCUUAAUAAAUAUAUAUUUUGCUUUGUGUUUUCAAGGUAAGUAUUUUACUUUUCGAUAUUGCUUGUUUUAACUAAAUGGCGGUAAAUUCAACAGUCUUUGGUUUAGGUGUGUAGUGUUAUUUUCUUUACACAAUUGCAGCCUGCUUUACUAUUCAGAGUUACCUUUCUUAAUUUGUCACUUGGAAAUUUAAUGAAUUCAAGAAAUAACAGAUUUUCUUUGUGUUCCAGAUUAGUUCAUCCAUAAUAAUAAACACCAUACAGUAUGUCCCAAUUUAUGGUCGAAUAUGGCAAUACAGUCUUUUUAUUGGUAAAACAACUCAAAUGUACACGUGUAAAUAAACUCCUGUCAACAUUG